AUGGCGGGUGUUUUGAGCGACGAGGUUGUUCUUUUGGAGAUCUUUCGAAAUUUAGACGUCUACAACUUGUGCCAAGCUGAGUUAGUGUGUAGCCGAUGGAAAGACAUAGCAAGCUGCAACAGUGUGUGGAAACAAAAAGUUGAAAUAUUGUGCAAAUCCAGGAAAACAAAACCGUAUCUGGGCCGAGCUGCUGACUGGAAAACUCGAUACAAACAACUGGUUUGUGGACGGCUUUAUCCAAGAUUGGUUCCAAAACAAGCAAGGAAGCCUACCUUUGAAGAGAAUCUGUCAUCUCUUCAAACUGCUCCAUCAAGUGAUUUUAUUGAACUUAUGGUGAAAAGUAAACGACCUAUUAAAGAGUUUAUUCAGUUUGCAACUGGAAAGAAAUAUAUAGUUGGUAAUGCCUACUAUCUCCAUACUAAGGCUGAAACUAUCUGUGCAACAAAAAAGAUACUGCUACGAGAUAAGAAAACCCAACAUAUAUACUAUGGGUCCGCUGUGAGAGAACUCAUUGGUCUUGUGAAAGGCACUGCUGAUUGGAAUCUUCAUCCAUCCAAAUUUGACCCCCGGAUCACUGACAAUUAUCAUAUUUUUGUCCAGAGUAAGUCUGUGGGUAGAAUGCUGGUGCCAAGAACUCAACUUUUGUACAAAACCAAAUCAGAAGAAACAAACGAAAGAUGAUAUGUAUUUGACCAUAGAGGGUGCUAUUCACAUAUUCCUGUCUAUCCUCGGGGGCGGACAUCCGGGCAUUUUCACCGCCUGGCAACCUGCGGCGGUGAAAACAAAGGCCCAAAACUCGCAGAAAACGGUACUUUGGGGUGAUUGUUGAGACUCCUCUGAACAGUGCAACAAGAUUAGCCCUACGUGUGUAACAUAUAUAAAUUUGAUUGUUCAGGAUUACUUCAAAAUUGAGUUUGUGUUGUUUUUCUCGAAUUUUCACCGACUCGACCGGCGUUCCACAGCAGCGCGCACAGAGCCCAUAGAAAUGCAUGUACAGUGGUGCGCGUCUUAGCAACGUGGAACGUCUGUGACGUAGCUCCGCCCCCGAGGAUUAGAAGUGCAUCACCAAUAUAUGUAAGCUGAAUUUUAAAGGCAAAUUUAUAUGGCCUUACAUGCUUCUAAUACAGAAAGGCUGGCCUGUGCUCAUUUCAUUGAGGCUGCUAGAAGAAAUGAUGCAUGAAAAUUUAUAUAUAGGGAGCAACAUAUUAUUUUAAUCUGCGAAAUUAUCCUUCCCAUUUCUGUGUUUCUCAUAAUGUUGCCAACAACUAAUAAUAAAUCCAGACAAAUACUAAAACUCAAUUUUAUUCGGUCAUACAAAUAUUAUAACAGAGUCAACAGUUUCCAAUUCUUUCAUAAAAUCAUUCUAUCUAUCAUGUGCAUCUUUCCAACCAAGAAAUAUUUUA